AUGGCAACCCUUCACUUCACUCCAUCUCCUUCCUUCAUUCUCACCAGACAAAAGCUACCCACUGAGCUCUCAUCUUUUAAACUCAACUACAAAGCUGGCAGAAACUUGAAGACUGUAGUUAGGUCUUACAAAGUGGUGAUUGAUCAUGAAGGUCAAUCAACAGAGCUGGAGGUGGAACCGGAUGAGACCAUACUAUCCAAGGCAUUGGACUCUGGAUUGAAUGUGCCUCAUGAUUGCAAACUUGGGGUGUGCAUGACUUGCCCUGCAAAGCUCAUAAGUGGCUCCGUUGAUCAGAGUGAUGGUAUGCUCAGUGAUGAUGUGGUGGAGAGUGGGUAUGCACUUCUCUGUGCAGCAUAUCCGAAGUCAGAUUGUCACAUUAGGGUUAUUCCUGAAGAGGAGCUUCUGUCCCUGCAACUAGCAACAGCUAAUGACUAA